AAUCUGAAAAAAAUAUGGCUACAAUUUAUAGCAAUAAUUUAAAUCCUGUUUGCUUUACUUUCUUGCCCUAAUAACUCAUUGGGGGAGGAUAGAAUACUCUUUUAGCUUACACUUAACACCGAAAUGAUGGUGAAAUUCGAAGAUGUUCCGCUAAAACCGUUCGGAAAAUGGAAGCGAAAGAAGACUUAUGAAGCCGUUGAAGAUGAUUCAAGCUACGAUGAUGAUGAAACUAUGUAUUCCUCUGACGGAUACCUCUCUGUUGAUUCUGGUGGAGACGAGGAAGAACUGAAAAGGAGAGAGUAUACAUAUCGACGUGCAAGAUGGUUUGUUUGCUAUGGUUGGCGUUAUUGGUGCCAAAGAUGUUGCAGAAAUCUCUGUGGAAGAGGCGACUUGAAAGAAAGAACAGUUCAUAUUGGGAAACAAUCCCCACAUCAAGAUUAUCCAGCCAACGUUAUUAGAAAUCAGAAAUACAGCAUAUUAACAUUUAUACCACUGGUGUUGUUCAACCAGUUCAAAUUUUUCCUCAAUCUCUAUUUCCUACUUGUGGCCUCAUCCCAGUUCAUUCCUGAUUUAAGAAUUGGCCAUUUGUAUACAUAUUGGGGUCCACUGGUCUUUGUUCUGGCAGUGACAAUGUGUAGAGAGGCCUUUGAUGAUUUCAUAAGAUUCCUAAGAGACAAGGAAGUUAAUUCCCAAGUCUACAAAAAGUUGACAAAGAAAGGAGUUGUUCCAGUGCCCAGUUCGAAUAUACGAGUAUCUGAUAUUAUCAUAGUUGAGAAGAAUCAAAGAAUUCCGGCUGAUAUGAUUUUUCUAAGGACAUCGGAAAAGAAUGGUUCAUGUUUCAUAAGAACUGACCAGCUUGACGGUGAGACAGACUGGAAAUUACGGAUUGCUCUUCCUGCCUGCCAAAGCUUGCAUUCCGACCAUGAUUUAUUCAGUAUCAACGCCUUUAUUCACGUCGAGAAACCGCAGAAAGACAUUCAUUCAUUUGUUGGAACCUUGGUCAGAAAAGUCGAAAGCGAAGGCGAAGAUCCCGUGAACAUCGAAAAUACUCUGUGGGCCAAUACUGUGGUAGCUACAGGCACUGCUGUUGGAAUCGUGGUAUACACUGGUCGGGAAACUCGAAAUGCUAUGAACACCACCUCUCCAUCGAGCAAGGUCGGUUUACUGGAUACAGAAGUGAAUAAUCUGACCAAAGUUCUAUUUGUUGCUACUAUGGUUCUCUCUCUUGUUUUGAUAACAGUAAAGGGUUUCGAUGGUCCAUGGUAUCGCUACUUCUUCAGAUUUAUCUUGCUUUUUUCAUAUAUAAUCCCGCUCAGCUUGCGUGUAAGUCUCGACAUGGGUAAAGUUGUGUAUUCGUGGAUGAUAUCACGUGACAAGGAGAUGCCCGGCACUGUAGUGCGCAGCAGUACAAUACCAGAGGAGCUGGGGAGAGUUGCCUAUCUACUGACCGAUAAAACUGGAACACUAACUCAGAAUGAAAUGGUUUUUAAAAGACUUCACCUUGGAACCGUGUCAUUUGGCGCUGACUCGAUGGACGAGGUUGUGACACACCUACGAACAGCGACAGCAGCCGUUGUAACGACAGCCAUGAAGAAGUCUGGACAAUCCAAGGUUCGAAGGACGGUGGUGACCCGAGUUCACGAGGCCGUUAAAGCUUUAGCAUUAUGUCAUAAUGUAACCCCGGUACGCAGAGGUGAGGGGAACGGGGAGAGCGACGAAUCUUCAUCAAAUCAGGAUGGGAUUGCAGUUGAUGAGGAGGGUGAAGUUGGUACAGCGAGUGGUGACUUCACUUAUCAAGCUUCUAGCCCUGACGAAGUUGCUCUCGUCACAUGGGCAGAAACAGUUGGUCUUAGUUUGAUCAAUCGUGACCUGACCAUUAUGACGCUUCGCUCGCCCCACGGCCAGAUUUUGAAAUAUGAAAUUUUACAAAUAUUUCCGUUCACGUCGGAGUCGAAGAGAAUGGGGAUCAUAGUUCAGGAUCAGUCUACAGGAGAAAUCACGUUUUAUUUAAAAGGAGCCGAUGUUGUGAUGGCUAAUAUUGUGCAGUAUAAUGACUGGCUGGAGGAAGAGUGUGGUAAUAUGGCUAGAGAAGGUCUGAGAACUCUGGUUGUUUCCAAGAAAGUUCUAUCUGAAGAACAGUACAAAGAUUUCGAGUAUCGACUUAGUCAAGCAAAAGUGAGUUUAUCAGAGAGAGCGGCAAAGAUUAGCGCGGUACAAAGCAGUAUAGAAAAUGAUAUGGAAUUGCUUUGCCUCACGGGAGUUGAAGACAAACUACAGACUGAUGUACGACCAACCCUUGAGUUAUUAAGAAAUGCAGGUGUGAAGAUCUGGAUGUUGACUGGAGAUAAACUGGAAACGGCGACCUGCAUCGCUCAAAGCUCGCGUCUCGUAUCAAAAUCACAGACAAUUUACACAUUCAAACAGGUGACUGACAGAACUGAGGCUCACCUGGAACUUAACUCGUUUCGUCGUAAGAAUGAUUGCGCUUUAGUUAUCAAAGGCGAUUCUUUGGAGACGUGCUUGAGACAUUAUCAGCAAGAGUUCAUGGAGCUAGCAUGCCGCUGUCCAGCUGUAGUGUGUUGUCGUUGCUCUCCACAGCAAAAGGCAGACAUCGUGGAACUGUUGCAAACUUACACGAAAAAAAGAACUUGUGCUAUAGGUGAUGGCGGUAACGACGUUAGCAUGAUUCAGGCAGCCAAUGUUGGUGUAGGGAUUGAGGGAAAGGAAGGAAAACAAGCCUCUCUGGCCGCUGAUUUUUCAAUCACACAAUUCAAAUAUCUCGGUAGAUUGCUGGUGUGGCAUGGAAGAAAUAGCUACAAGAGAUCCGCAGCUCUUAGUCAAUUUGUUAUCCAUAGGGGUCUCAUUAUAUCAAUCAUGCAGGCUGUGUUUUCCAGUGUUUUCUACUUUGCAUCUGUUGCCCUGUAUCAGGGUUACCUGAUGGUCGGCUAUUCCACCAUCUACACAAUGUUUCCUGUCUUCUCAUUGGUUCUUGAUGAAGAUGUCCCAGAUGACAUAGCGCUAAGAUUUCCUGAAUUAUAUAAAGAUCUGUCCAAGGGUCGUUCGCUGUCCUAUAAGACAUUCUUCAUUUGGAUUUUAAUCAGUAUUUACCAGGGUGGUAUUAUCAUGUUCGGCGGUAUUUUGCUUUUCGACGAAGAAUUUAUUCAUGUUGUCACGAUAACAUUCACUUCGUUGAUUCUUACGGAGCUUUUGAUGGUCGCAUUGACGAUACGAACAUGGCAUUGGUUGAUGGUUGCUGCUGAGAUCUUUAGUUUAUCCGUGUAUGUUGCCACUUUGGCUGUGUUUAAAGAUUAUUUUGAUGAACGAUUCUUAAUCUCAUUGAACUUUCUGUGGAAAGUAACCGUGAUCACUUUGGUCAGCUGUCUGCCACUGUAUAUCUUGAAAUUUCUGAGACGAAAAUACGCGCCACCAAGUUACUCGAAGCUCACGUAGAUCGUGCUAAUACGUGCUGUAGUAGUUUAGCCCAAAGUUAGUGUGAGCUUAGUUAGAUAGAAUGUAGGAAUCUAUGUGCAUAAUUAAUUUAGAAAUAUCCAGCUGAUCUGGGUAUAAAAAUCAACCAAUCAGAAGCCAGAUCUUCAGCAAAAUAUCGAACAUAUCAAGUAAUGCUCGAAAUACUCGAAAAUAUCAAGUAAUUUUAUUAUAAUUAUUUAAGCGAAAACACGUUUAUUUUUUCCCAACUGUAAAUUAGAAUUUAAAUUUUUCACCCUUUAUACUAUUAGUGAGAAGAAUAAGGACAAAUAACACUAGGCGUAUGAUAACUCAGUUUUGUCGAGACGCUUUAUAACGUCAUGAUCUCAGAUCAGCUGGAUGGGGUUAACUUCGUACACAGCUUGCAUAGUCUGUUGUCCUUGAUCUGCCUGACAUGAAAUUUUACCGUAAACGCUGGAGUGAUAUUCUGUCACUCCUAUUUUAACAAGGUUUUUAACAAAACUCUGAUUACAACUUCAUAACAUCAUUGGGACAUGGCAUAGCGUAAUAGUUCCCUGGGACUUGUAAUAUUUAAUGGUUACCUCAAUAGUGGAUUUAUUUAACAACAUUCACAUAAUGUGAUGAAUCCAGUCAAGUAAUUUAGAAUUGAAAUAUCGUUCGUGGAAUAAAGUAU